GCUGAAACUCAACGGUUCCUCUAGAAACACAGCUGAGCGACUGUGCAACACUCUUAAAAUCGGCGCAACAUAUUUAUGCUGCAAGCAUGAAUAACAGCGCAUUACGGCAUCGGCUGGCGACACCUAGCUCGCACGGCGCGGCAUGCACGCGAAGUCGAUGCAAGCGUUUUCCGCUGCAGCGCCUACAAGCCACGCCCGUGGCUGCGCUUUCAGGGCCACCAGCCGUUGCCAGCUUCCCAGCGCAAGCCCCAUGCGCUGCACGCACGCAGUUCAGCUCACCUCUUGCCGCCCCUCGACGCCCUUCCGCCCGCGCGGCGGCGACUCUGUCCAUCUCUGUGCCUGAGCUGCCUGCCCUGCUGCCCCUCCAAGGACCAUGGGGCGUGUGGACUGGUCUGGUGCUCGCAGGCGCCUUCGGGCUGUGGUCGGAGCGUACACGGCUGGGCAAGGAGCUGAGCGGCGCGCUGGUGUCCACCCUGGCCGGCAUGCUGCUGGCCAACACGGGUGUACUGCCGCCGGGCGCCCACGAGUUGGCCGUGGUUUACAAGUUCCUGCUGCCGCUGGCCAUCCCCAUGCUGCUGUUCGCGGCAGACCUCAGGCGCAUCCUGUCUGAGACGGGCCGCCUGCUGGCUGCCUUCCUGCUGGGCUCGGCGGCCACUGUGGCGGGCUCCCUGGCGGCCAUGUCGGUGUUCCCCCUGGGGCGGUACCUGGGGGAUGAGGGCUGGAAGGUGGCCUCGGCGCUGACCGCCCGCCACAUCGGUGGCGCCGUCAACUACAUGGCCGUGUCCGAGACGCUGGACAUCACGCCCUCCACCUUCGGCGCCGGCCUGGCCGCAGACGACCUCAUCCUCACGCUCUACUUCGUGGCCAUAUACUACCUGGCUCGGCGCAUCCCGCCGGACCUUGGCCAGGUGGACAAGACAGCAGGCGGCGGCGGCGGCGGAGGCGGACAUGGAGACGGCGGGGCCGGGGGCGUGGGCGGCAAGGUCAUCACGGUGACGGAGGCGCUGACGUCUCUGUCCAUCUCCGCCGCCAUCUGCUACAUCGCUGUGGCACUGGCGAGGGUGUGGGAUAUGCCCGGCCAGGCCAUCACGCUCAUGACCGGCCUCACAGUGGCACUGGCCACGGCCCUGCCGCGCCGCCUGGCGCCGCUGGUGCCCUCCGCCGAGGGCCUGGCGCAGAUCCUCAUGCAGAUUUUCUACGCCACCAUCGGCGCCUCCGCCAAUGUGGGCCUGGUGGUGCAGACGGCGCCGGUGCUGUUCCUGUUCUCGCUCAUUGCGCUGGGGGCGCACCUGGGCCUGCUGCUGGGGGUGGGGCGGCUGCUCGGCUUCAGCCUGCGGGACCUGCUGAUAGCCAGCAACGCCAACGUGGGAGGCCCCUCCACUGUGGCGGGCAUGGCCGCGGCCAAGGGCUGGACGUCCAGUGUGGUGCCGGGCAUCCUGACCUCCACACUGGGGUACGCCAUUGGCACCUUCAUGGGCAUCGGGCUGGGCUACAGCGCGCUCAGGCACAUUGCGUGAGCAGCAUCGCGGAGCAGGAGGAGGAGGAGGAGGUGAGCAGGGCACGGCAGGGCAUUUGGCAAUGCCAGGGCACAGGGAACGGGGCUGGACCAGUAUUGUGCAGCGAUGCAGGUGACAGGACGUGGGAGUGUGUGAAAACAGGUGAAGGAAGUUGUGAAGUAUAUGCGAUGCGUGUGGAGCUGUGAGAGUCGAGAGUAGAUGUUGGAAUGUGGGAAUGGGUUUGCAUUGCAACUCAUAGAGGAGAAACGGGUUGGUAGGCUGGUACGCAGCUGGCGGCGAAUGGAGGUGCUUGCGGGCGGGCGAAACCACAGCAGCUACACCCAGAGACUGGCUGGGCACGAGGUGAUGCAAGCGAGGUAUGCUGUACAUAGUUUGCAAUGUUCGUCUUGGUACAUCAAUCGGCACUUUGGUAUUCAACCUGAC